UUUAGUGGUUUAGUACGGUUGACAUAUCAUAUCAACAUAUUUCUUAUUUCUUCUAACUUAAAGAAGCUGAAUAAAAUACUAACUAAGUGAACUUCUUUUCAAUUCAACAUUCUAGGCUUCAUAAUUUUUCAGAUUUGUUCAAAAUGUUCAAGCGGAAAUUGCAAGCUCUUGGCUUCCCAAAUCCGGAGACCUUAAACACAGCCGAUGAAAAUCAAUUUCGAAGCACAAUUGUGUGGCUGGAAGACCAAAAAAUCCGCCGUUAUAAAAUUGAAGAGAGAGAACUACUUAGAAACACAACUGCUAUACAGUGGAACCAAGCUUUUGAACAAUAUAUGAGUGAUCUUGAUUGCCCGUUCCCGAAAGGAACAAGGCCUGAAAUUUUAGAUUGGCUUCUUGGGCUAGCAGUACAGCUUGAGUACAACGAAAAACCAGAAAGUUACACUGCUAAUCCAAAGACCCAGGAACCAAUCCAUCAGAAACUGAACCCACUUGACAACUUAGAUUUUGAGAGUGAAGAUUUCAAGGCUGGGGUUAAUGAUUUGGCUAACAUACUUCAAGUGCCAAAGCAUCCUGAUCAUCUUAUGACAUUAGAAGGAAUUUGUAAUUUGAUCCAAGAAAAGUUCUGUAAAGAUGCCUUAAAAACCUCUUCAGUAGCACAGGAUCUAGGAAAUCCUGUUCAGUUUGAUAACAUCAGCUUUGGCUUGGACUUAAAGUCUUCUAAUGUUAGCAAUGCUGCUAAUCUCCUUCGUUAUCUGUUCAUCCAUGACCUAAGAGAGCUCCAAACCAGAAUUAAUGAGUGUCUUGUAUGUGUACAAGCCUUAACAGCUAAUCCUAAAACAGACACUAAGCUUGGUAAAGUUGGAUAUUGAGUGUAUUUGCAGUUGCCCAAUAUGAAACAUUUAUAAAUCUCUUCUACCAUUAAUUAUGGUCUUAUUUUGAUUCCUAAUGUUGGCUCUUGUGUGUGAUGUUAAAUGGGUAUAUAUUCAAAAGUCUUGCUGAACCUACUGAUGCAAAUCCUACAGGAGGAGAAAACCUUGCAAUGCCAGCUACUGAAAACUGAAAAAAAAACAAAAAAAACAUACCAAUGCUGAUCAUUUGCAUAAAAACUCUGCUCCACUUAUGUUUUGAUUUAUUGGAAUGGUGUGCAAUGUAUGCAGCUGCUCCAAUCAAACCUGUGACUCACAUACUGUAAAAAAUGAAAAUGCAUUUCAUUAUAGUGUAAUUUGUACCUGAACCGCUGAUAAGCCUACAACCUAAACAAUCCCUAUCCAUUGUAAGCACUGAAGUAUGUGAUGUGUGACUUCGUGAAAUGAAACAAAACAAAGAAGAUAUUUAAAAAGGUAAAAUCUAUUGCCUCCCAGAAUUCUGGGGUCCUCUAGCGUCCAAGAAUGCUAUUGCCCUCCAGAAUCCAGGGGCUCUAGUGUCUGCUGUUAAUUUUCUUAUUGGUUUUUUUUUUUUUUUACAUUUUCUUUCAUCCAACUUCCUGAUGUCUUGAAGUAGUAAUCAACGGCUCUCGGUGUUCGCGAAGUUCCCGAUAGCCUUGGACUUGGACUUGGAGGAAAAACAAAUCUCUUGGUAUUACAAAAUUGAACACUGUUUUCGCUUAAGUUAUUGGUUUUCUCGUCAAACCUACGGAACGCCAAAUUACCCCUAAAUUUUUAGUACUCCACGAAGCAACAUAAAUUUGUUUCUGGAAAUAAUAACAACAAACAGCGUCAUCUAGCAUAAACAGUUGCUAGCGAUUUUAAUUUUCCUUCGUAGUUUUUUAUCGAUUUCAUGUUUCCAAUAGACAAGCAGACGAAUUUGUGACAGUAGACUUAUCGAGAAUCGAGAGUGGAGACGUGUUAAGCGGGGAGCUAAUAAAUAUUCAGUGCGUUCCGUUUUAAACGAAACGCACUGAAUUCUUCUGAACGCGCUUUAAUUCUUUUGACUACGCCUUGACCAGAACUGUAUAUUUUCAAUACAUCUAGGGGAGAAAUAACUAAGUCCGUCGAAUUUUUAUGGGCAUGUCAGCUGUCUAGUCAGCUGUUCCAUUUCGCGUGGCUUCGGACCCGGACUGAGGAUGGAUGCUUAAACGAACGUCUCUGUUCUUGAAAUUUCACUACCAAUUCCGUGUGUUUUGAGCUGUGUCUUGAGAAUUCAAUCAAUGCAUAGUUGUUCAAGGAGGAGCAUGGCUUGGCUUUGCUAGCAUGUUUUUCAUCUCCGUCUUCAUCACCUGAUGUACUGUUGUGGCCGCAGAAUCAUUCAGUGACUUGGUUCAAUCCAGGACUUGGUUUCUUCGAAAAUGGUUUACAGUUUUAAUUUGCAGAAAUCCUGGAGGUACCUGAUGUGUUGCAUUGGUGUUAGUCACUCAGUGACAUAAUGGAAUGCCACCAAUGUUAUGUUGUCAGUGUAAAUAAAACAAAUCCAGUAUCA